CCCCAAGGAGAGGACUGGAGCAGAACUGCCCUGCUAGGACCUCCUUGUCCUUCUCUCCUGCUGCUCCCUUCAUUGCCAACGUCUCAUCCAUCAUGUUCUCUGAAGCAGAGGUGCAAAGUGCCCGCGGUGCAUGGGAGAAGAUAUAUGUGGAUGCUGAGGACAACGGGACAACCGUGCUGGUCAGGAUGUUUACCGAGCACCCAGACACUAAAUCCUACUUCACACACUUCAAAGGCAUGGACUCUGCUGAAGAGAUGAAACAGUCGGAUCAGAUCAGAGGCCACGGCAAGAGGGUUUUCACUGCCAUCAAUGACAUGGUGCAACACCUGGACAACUCUGAGGCUUUCCUUGGGAUAGUGAACCCACUUGGCAAGAAACACGCAACUCAGCUGAAGAUCGACCCGAAAAACUUUAGGAUUAUCUGUGAUAUUAUCUUGCAACUGAUGGAGGAGAAAUUUGGUGGAGACUGCAAAGCUUCCUUUGAGAAGGUGACCAAUGAAAUCUGCACUCACCUGAACAAUGUCUACAAGGAGGUGGGUUGGUGAGGAUGCGCAGCCUCCAGGGUCUUCAAACGUCUCACCAGCACUGAUUUGCUGCUUUUGGGCCUCCAGCCACAGCUGGGAGAGUGAAGAAGUAAAAAAAUAAUAAAAUAAAAGCAAGAAAAAGGCUUCUAUACUAUAGAUAUUAAUGUCAAUAAUUUCCUUAGCAAACUGAGUUUCUACGGUUAAAUGAAACCUGCAGAUACAUCAAAGCCAACCAACAAAUCCUGAGGUGCUUUGCAGCUUCAGUGCUCCAGGUGGCUUCCUUUAGCCACAGUCUUGAAGACUACAUUUUAAAAUGAUGACUUUAAGCUUGUUAUUCCUGAAAGGAAAUUGUUGCUCCUUUCAGCAGCACCAGCCCAGUGAAGCACCAGCAGCUCUUUGUCUCAGCUUACACCUCUCCAUCCUUGUGAAUGCCAAGCAGGAGAUCAUUUUGAAGCAUCUCUAGGGACUUUGUAGUGGUCACUACUGAAGAGGCAUGGGCGUUGUUUUAUCUUUGAACUAAAACCAUGGGAAAGA